AUGACUGUUACACCACUCACAUUCGAAGAGUCGGCGGGUUGUAUGGGAGCUUGCUUUGAGUGGGCUGACAGCUACGACUCCAAAGAUUGGGCUCGUCUACGAAAAUGCAUUGCACCAACACUUCACGUUGACUACCGCUCCUUCCUCGACAAGGAAUGGGAAGCCAUGCCCGCAGAAGAAUUCGUCCAAAUGGCCUCCGAUCCUAAGGUACUCGGCAACCCCCUUCUCAAGACUCAACACUUCGUCGGCUCAACACGCUGGGAGAAGAUUUCCGAUGAUGAGAUUAUUGGAUGGCAUCAACUUCGUGUCCCCCACCAAAAGUACAAGGACGCAACCAUGAAGGAAGUCCUGGUCAAGGGCCACGCCCACUCCACCAACAAGCACUGGUACAAGAAGGUCGAUGGGGAGUGGAAAUUUGCAGGAUUGAGCCCAGAUAUCAGAUGGUUCGAGUACGAUUUCGAUCAGGUCUUUGCUGAGGGACGCGAGAGUUUCGGAGAAGUCGAGGCUGCAGAGGCGGUUGUCGGUGGUACCAAGUCUGAGGCCGUCAAGGUCGAGACAACGUCCAUACCUGUCAUGUGA